GGAUCAAAAGGAUGAACAUGGAAGCAUUCCUGAACCCUAAAGAUUCUGCCAAGUUUAUAACGGAGAACAGCCAAGAUGUAUACGUGGAAGAAGAUGGUGUGCGGAAAGUUGCAGAGAUGUUGUUUGAUAAAGUCUUGGAGAAGGACUUCAGUGUUGCUGGGUGGAAGUCUUCUCAUGAACUGAAUCCUCAAGUAGUGAGUGAAGAUGCAGUGAACUGGGUUUUCCUUGCUGAUGCACUCAAUUUUUCAUUUUGGUCUGAGUGUGAAGACCGUAAAUGCCUUGUGAAGUAUAAAGGCAAAAUGUACAGUGGUUACUGGUCUCUUUGUGCUGCUAUCAACCGAGCACUUGAUGAAGGAAUACCCAUUACUAGCGCUUCGUAUUAUGCUACCAUGACAUUGGAGCAGGUGAGGCAUGCAUUUCGCUCAGACACUGAUGUCCCCAUGCCUUUGCUUGAGGAAAGGCAUCGUGUGCUUAAUGAGACUGGGACAGUUCUUCUGGAGAAAUUUGGAGGCUCUUUCCUCACAUGUGUUAAGCAAAGUGGAAAAAGUGCUCAGAAAUUACUACAGCUAAUUGUGGAAAAUUUCCCGUCAUUUAGAGAUGAGGCUACAUUUCAGGGCAAAAAGGUGGCUUUUUACAAACGAGCGCAAAUCCUUGUUGCUGACACAUGGAGUGUACUGGAAGGAAAAGGUGAUGGGUGCUUCAGUGACAUUUCCAGCGUGACUAUAUUUGCUGAUUAUAGGAUACCUCAGGUUCUUGUUCACCUAGGAGCAAUGAAAUAUUCUGAAGAACUAAUGAAAAAACUCAAGGAAGGGCACGUGUUCCUGUCUGGAGACAAACAAGAGGUGGAGAUUCGGGGCUGUUCUAUUUGGUGUUGUGAACUCAUUUGCAGUCACCUACUGGACCUUUAUAAAAAGAAAGGCGAGAACAUGAGUGAAAAAAUCAAUGCAGUGCUCCUUGAUUAUUACCUGUGGGACUAUGCGCGGGAUCAUAGGGAAGACAUGCAAGGAAUUCCCUUUCAUCGUGUACGUUGCAUAUACUACUAAUAUAC